AGUCAGAGUGAGAUCUCUGUCUGCACAGAGGGGCAGCAGACAGUCUGUAGUUGGUUCAGGGUAAAGGAGUCAGAGUGAGAUCUCUGUCUGCACAGAGGGGCAGCAGACAGUCUGUAGUUGGUUCAGGGUAAAGGAGUCGGAGUGAGAUCUCUGUCCUGAGCUCUCCUCUCUGCUCCUCUCUGUUAGCCUCUCCGUCUCCUCCUAGCUUAGCCUGCUAGCUAGCAGCCAGGUGAGCAUGUCUCAGGUGAACAUGUCGCAGGCUCUGUCAGAGGAGGAGUUCCAUCGGAUGCAGGCUCAGCUGUUGGAGCUGCGGACUCAGAACUACCAGCUGUCCGAUGAUCUCAGGAAGAACACGACAGAGCUGAACGCCGUCCGUCAGAAGAAUGUCGCUCUGGAAAGAGAUUUUAUCAAAGCACAAAAGGCUUUAAAUAAGAGCAAGAAGGCUCAGGAGGUGGAGGCGUUGCUGAGUGAGAAUGAGAUGCUUCAGGGGAAACUCCACAGUCAGGAGGAGGACUUCAGACUACAGAACAGCACGCUGAUGACCGAACUCUCCAAGCUGUGCACACAGAUCGAGCAGCUGGAGCAGGAGAACAAAGGCCUGAAGGAAGGGGGAGGAGCCUCUGCACCAAGCCCCGCCCAGAAUUCUACCUCCAGCCCUGUGGACGGAGAGCUGCUCCGCCUGCAGGCUGAGAACUCCGCCCUGCAGAAGAAAAUGAAAGCCCUCCAGGAGCACCACGACAAAGAGCUGCAGAGACAGGCGGGCGCUCACACGGAGACGGACGGAGCUGCCAACGCCAACGGAGUCUCUGAUGUCACAGGAGGGGAGGAGCCAGCAGCCGAGGGAACCAGUGACAGAACAGAACAGACGGCGGCUCAGCUGGAGCGCACAGAGAAUCAGCUGCGCGGCCGGUCAGAGAAGAGCGUAGAGAAGAUUGUAGGUAAGCAGGCAGCGCUAGGCUGGUCGGCUGCUCUCUGUCCAAUAACUCACUGCUUUGGACCAGAGCUGGAGAUGGCACUGAACACCGAGCAGGAGGAGAAGAGGCUGCUGAGGGAGCAGGUCCACAACCUGGAGGCGUCCAAACAGGCAGAGAUCACCAAACUGCAGGAAGAGAUCACAAAGCUGUCUGACAAGUUAAAGAAGAAGCAGGAGAGUUUUCAGCGUCUGCAGGGAGAGAAAGAAGCUCUGUACAACGACAGCAGGACCAAGAUCGAUGAGAUCAACCAAAGAAAGGAGGAAGAGCUGAAGGCCAUGAACCUCCGCAUCCAGAAGCUGCAGUCGGAUCACAUGUCGGCCAAUCAGCUGACGGCAGAGCUCAGAGAGCAGAUGCAGAGCAAAGAGAAGGAGCAUGAGCUGGCUCUACACAACCUCAAAGACCAGGUAGCCAGUCAGAGCGCUGUCAGUCAGGAACAGGUGGACAGCAUCCUGCAGGAGAACGAUGCUCUGAGGACAAACCUAGCUGCUCUAGAACAGAUCCAGACGGUGAAGACGCAGGAGAUGAAUCUGCUGCGUGAACAGCAGGAGGCGCUGACGACCGAGCUGCAGCAGAGACGAGCUGAGCAGGAGAGCAUGUUAGCGCAGAGGGACGACAUCAACUCCCAGCUGCAGGAAUCCAGCUUUGCAAACAGGAAGUUGUUGGAGCAGCUCACAGAAGAAGGAAUAGAGAAAGAUCAACUGUUGAGAGAGCUGGACGAGGCCAAGAAGACAGCAGAGAAGAGGAAGGCCAUGUUGGAUGAUAUGGCCAUCCAGCUGAACCAGGAGAAGUCUGACCACAAGGAGGCGCUGUCAGACCUCAAACUGCAGCAUGAGAAGGAGGUCCUCGGGGUGAGGGCUCGGUAUGAGAAGGAGCUUCGAGGUCUCCAUGAAGACAAGAAUCGUUCGGAGGAGGAGAUCCGACAGCAGCUCAGGGAUGAAAAGGCUCGUACGAAGGAGUUGGAGGGUCUCCAGCAGCGGGUGGAGGAGCUGCAGGCUCAGGUCCUGUCCAUGGAGGGAACCAAAGGAUGGUUCGAGAGGAGGCUGAAGGAGGCCGAGGAGAACAUCGAGAAAAAGUCUCUGGAACAUCAGGAGGAGUUGGAGCGCCUGCAGAAAGAGCACACACUUCAGUUGGAGGAGAAGCAGUCAGAGAUUGAGGGAGUGAAGCAGCAGAUGGUGGAGGUGGAGAAACAGAAGGAGGAACACAACGACACCAUCGCGAAACUCAAACAGGAGAUCAAGGACACGGUGGACGGACAGAGGAUCCUGGAGAAGAAGGGAAGUGCAGCGCUGAAGGACCUGAAGCGACAGCUGCAGCUGGAGAGAAAGCGAGCCGACAAGCUGCAGGAGAGACUCCAGGAGAUCCUGACCAACAGCAAGACCAGGACAGGUCUGGAGGAGCUGGUCCUGUCAGAGAUCAACAGUCCCAGCCGGACUCAGCAGACUGGAGACUCGUCCUCCGUCUCCUCCUUCUCCUACAGAGACAUGAUGAAGGAGUCCCAGCCGACCAAUCAGAACAAGUCCGGAGGAGGAAGCCCUCAGUCUCAGCGCCCGGCCGAACUCUCGGACGACGAGGUCGGGGAGUUGUUCCAGCGGCUCGCCGAGGUCCAGCAGGAGAAGUGGAUGCUGGAGGAGAAGGUGAAACACCUGGAGGUCAGCUGCUCGUCCAUGGCUGAAGACAUCUGCAGGAAGAGCGCCAUCAUCGAGACCUACGUGAUGGACAGCCGCAUAGACGUGUCGGGCAGUGCGGUCGGGGGUCACGGCGGGACUCAGGCGGACCGAGGAGGUCUGGGGUCGGUCCUCAGAGAUCUGGUGAAACCGGGAGACGAGAACCUUCGAGAGAUGAACAAGAAGCUGCAGAACAUGCUGGAGGAGCAGCUGACCAAGAACAUGCACCUGCAGAAGGAUCUGGAGGUCUUAUCCCAGGAAUUAGUCCGUAUCAGUAAGGAGAGUCCAGGUGGAAGCACAGCUGGGUCGGGAUGAGACUAACACCUGGACCCCAUCAGCCCCUCUCCUCUCUGCACAUCUGGAACAUGUGGGCUGGACUCUGACUAACACCUGGACUCUCCAUCUCUUCCAUCCCUCCUCCCUCAGACCCGUCGUGGGCUUCAUCUACUGUCUGGAGUCGCCGUGUUAUCACCACCUCAGCCUGCCUGCUGGGCUAUGACUAAAUGCUGGAAUCUGUCCAUCUUUUGUUUCUCUGUGUGGAGGGGAGAACACGAUUUUAAAGAGUAGAAGAAGAAACGGAGGAGCAGAGGGGACGGAGGGUCGGACUCAUUUAUGUUGCUAUUGAAUGUACUGUAAUUAGACUGCACCGUACAGUUCCUUGGGUCCUGGCUACAACCUGGGAUAAAGAAAAGGAUUGUAACAGACUAACUCUUUCACCGGUCUCCGUCUAUGUCCUGGAAUACACAAGCUGUGUGUGUGUGUGUUAACUAACUGCUUUGGUUUAUCUGCUCAGUAACGUUGUUGUGAUCUGGCUACUUCCUGGAAUCUGCAGUGCUGAUGUAACUGUGAGACUCAUUCAUUCACUAAAAACACUUUAAUCACAAGCUGACAUGUUUUAAGUACCAGGUGUUAGACACGCCCGACUCUUUCAGUUUAAACGUCCACCUGCAAUGUAAACGUAGUGAUUUUAGGUCUAGUAUAAAUACUGAGCUCACACCAACAUUAGAAAGACUCAAACUAGUCCAGUGUGUCGAGGCGUGUUUGAGUCUCACCUCUCAGACAGAGUUCAGGUAGAUACAGUGAAGCUGAGACUCACUGGUCAGAGGAAUCCUGGUCCUGGACAGCAUGCUGACCCCGCCUCUAGUCUAGAUUAAGUUCCCCUGAUUCCAGCCAAGACCUGAAACUGAAGCUGGUCAGGGAGCAGGAUUCAGGAGCGUCGCCUCGUACCUCAGUUUGCUCGCGUCACGCUUUCUUCUACUACUUUAAAAUGUGUGCAGCUUCUUGCAGGUGGAUUGAGUGUAAUCUGAUGCUAAGCUAACAUGCUACAGUCAAAACAAACUUAGUCCCCUAGAAAUAAAACAUGCAGACGUCUCAAUCUUUCAUCAGGAUCUCUCAGCUCUGCAGAAAGAUGACGAACACGUCGAUAAAAUCCCUCAAACCAAGAACAGUUAGAUUCUCUGUUUCUAACGACGACGACGUCACACGAAGAAUCCACUUCCUGUCACGAGUGAUAUUCACGACCCUGGAUCACCAACGUGAAGCUGAAGCUCUGCAGGUUCACAGUCGGCCCUGGCUAUGUCAUGGAGCACAAACCUUCUGUUCUCAGAUAGCGUGUUUAACCUUCUUGUUCAAGGUUUUUUCUGACGGGUCAUGGCUAUUUCCUGGACGCCUUUCACAGCUUUUUGUAUUGUUUUUGUGUCCGUUUCUUCUGAACGGACGACUUCCUGCCUGUGAAACUUUUCUGCAUGUUUUGUUUUAUUUAUUACUUCAGAGAGACUCUCGUAUCCUCAUCCACGGAUUAACAUUAAAGACACAAUGUGAAGUUUUAUUUCCCAGAAGAAGUUUUUCUUUUCAAAGUCUAAAAAUCAGAUUUUAAAACAGCUUCAUUUUUUGUUUUUGGGGUUUGAAUCAAAGUCAAUCUUUUUCAAAUGAAUCUAAAACUAAAACUGAACUUUUUGAUAGCCUUUUAUCCCCGGGCUCCGUCUACAUCCUGGAUCACAUGAACUGUAAUUGAUUGCACUUUUAGUUUUGUGUGAUUCUCUGUGUUAAAAAACAAAAAGUGAAACUCUCAGCUGUGUCUGCUUCUCUGCGACAGAGCUCUCUAUGAUUCCUGCCGGGCUGGGUCUACUUCCUGCUUCAACAUAUCUUUGUAUUGUUUUAACUCUGCUUCUGUUUCCUGUAAUAAUUCUAAAACAAAUGUAUGAAGUUUAUUUUAUGGACUCUGCCUUCGGUUCUCCUCUUGGACUCUGACUAUGUCCUGGAUGUAACUUUUGCUACAAGCUGCUUAUGGUGGGAUAUGACUACAUCCUGGACAGAAUGCUUGUAGCAGAGUGUGUUUUAUGUUGAACCUGCCUGUAAAUUUCUGCUUUAUUAUUGUUUGUACACUGUUUAAAAAUGGACGUGUGUUUACAGUGCAGCGUGGGCGUCUGAAGGAGGAGGAGUCUCGUGUUAGAGGGGACUUUAGGACUUUGUUAAAUCUUUAAAUCACGUAGAAACCGUCUGAAACCGGACUGAGGGGAGAUCCUGCUGCACUGUAAACCCUCACUGCGGGAUCGGUCUAUGUGCUGGGCAGUGACUCGGCCUGUUGCUUUGUUUUUGGUUUGUAAUGUUAAAGUCUGUAUAUAUUCAUGCGCUGUGACAUAACUUCUAACUGUAUGAAGAAUCAAUGGAUCUAUUUAUGAGACUGAUAACGAUGAUGACGCUAAUUAUUGUAACAACGAGGAAAAUAUAUCGUCUGAAGAAGAA